AUGGACACGCAGACCUCCUUGCCAGCUGCCCCAGGGGAGCUGAAGCAGGAUGCGAACGCACUGCGGGGGGAGGAACGGAGAGAAAACGCGGAGCUGGACGGCGGCUCCGCUCCGAGCGUCCGCCGGCGCUUGGCCGCGCGGAUCCCGGGGCGCACCCGCAGCCCCGCAGCCCCGGGCCGCCCCGCUCCCACCCGGGGCGGAGCCGAGCGGGAAGGCGGAAAGGCGGCGCGCACGGCCGCCCGGCCCCCGCCCACCCGCGCCCGGGCCACGUAUGGGGAGGGGAGCAGCGUGCGUGGAAAGCGGCCGGCGCCUCACCCGCAGUACCCGGGCGGGAACCGGGUUCAGUGUGGAUAUGUGUCGCUCAUUGGGCUGGAAGGGAUCUCCAGUUCCGCGAGCCGGGCUGUGGGGGAUGGGGCGGGCGGCAGCCGUUGGGGGAAUGGGAGGGACUUGGGGCUCCCUGCCGUGUGGGGCGCGGGCGGGAGGAGCCUCGGGGUCUCCCUGUCGGGGCGCUGCGGGGCGUCACAGCCCCCGCGGGAGGAGCGGCGACGAGCACCACCCCUCGCCCCCAACUCUGCCGCCGCCGCCCGGCGGGGUCACGGCCCUGAGUCCCUGAAGCGGAAGGAGAAGGAAUAUGAACAUGAGAUGGAGCGGCUGGCGCGGGAGAAGAUCGCCACACAGCAGCGGCUGGCGGAGCUCAAGCACGAGCUGAGCCAGUGGAUGGACGUGCUGGAGAUCGACCGAGUGCUCCGGCAGACGGGCCAGCCCGAGGACGACCAGGCCUCCACUUCCACGGCCUCCGAGGGUGAGGACAACAUAGACGAGGACAUGGAGGAGGACCGGGCGGGCCUGGGCCAACCUAAGCUGAGCCAUCGUCCUCAGCCAGAGCUGCUGAAGUCCACCCUGCCGCCCCCCAGCACUGCCCCUGCGCCUCUGCCGCCGCACCCCCACCCUGUGGCCCUGUCUCCUGCCCACCUCCCUGUGCAGCCACCGCAGCAGCAGCCGCCACCCCCAGCACAGCAGAAGACCCCUCUCCCUGCGCCUCCUCCGCCGCCAGCCGCCCCUGCCCCGGCCCAGACGCUGGUGCCAGCUCCAGCCCACCUCGUGGCCACAGCCGGGGGUGGCCCCACAGUCAUCGCCCACACGGCCACCACUCAUGCCUCAGUCAUCCAGACUGUGAACCAUGUGCUACAGGGGCCAGGCGGCAAGCACAUCGCCCACAUCGCGCCCUCGGCCCCCAGCCCUGCUGUGCAGCUGGCCCCCGCCACGCCUCCCAUCGGCCACAUCACCGUGCACCCUGCCACCCUCAACCAUGUGGCUCACCUCGGCUCCCAGCUGCCCUUGUACCCACAGCCCGUGGCUGUGAGCCAGCCCGUGGCCGUGAGCCACAUCGCCCAUACCCUCUCGCACCAGCAAGUGAAUGGCACAGCUGGGCUAGGGCCCCCGGCCACUGUCAUGGCAAAGCCAGCCGUGGGGGCCCAGGUGGUGCAUCACCCCCAGCUGGUGGGCCAAACAGUGCUGAACCCAGUGACCAUGGUCACCAUGCCCUCCUUCCCGGUCAGCACGCUCAAGCUGGCCUGAGAGUGAGGCUGCUCAGAGGCCCCCAGUCGGGGCAGGGAAGUGACCUGCUCUCUACUCUCCCACCCACCAGCUCCAUACAUUCCAGCCAGGCCCAGGCCCUCCCCAUCCAUGCCCACCCCCAGGCCUCCCAGGGGUAGGGGGUGCAGAGACUCUGAGCCAGGGGAGGAGAGGGGCCAGCCGGGCAGCUGGACACAGGGCAGGGGGUGACCCCGCUGCACUAGCACCUGAUGGAGUGACAGGAUGCUCCGGGGAGCUGUCGCCUGUGUAGCUUAACCCCAGCUCCCCUCCCUGCCACACACCUGGUGCAAGCAGACAUGGACGUGAACAGAGUGAUCUGACGUCUCCCUGCCUCGCCUGCCUUCCCACGCUGCUGCUGCUGCUGUCACUAUAUGCCUGAGCCUCGGGGUUUUGCGCCCAGGCCUGCACGAGGGGAACGGGAGAAGCAGGGCCAAAGCUACCUGCUCCAGGAGUGGAGGGAGGCCUGCCUUUGGCAGGUGGCAGAUCCCAGGCAAUGACUGAGCUGGAGUCCC